UGUUCUCUUAAAAAAAACCCCACUUUCUAUAUCACCUCCUUUCCUUUUUGGCCCAUUUACUUCUUAAACCCUAAGAUACUUCUCCUAGAUCUCAGACUUUCAUAUAGAGGAUAAGAUCCGUGAAUUGUCACAAGAUUUGAUUCUUGAACGAUGAAAAUUCAGUGCAACGUGUGUGAGGCGGCGGAGGCGACGGUGCUGUGUUGCGCCGAUGAGGCGGCGUUGUGUUGGGCUUGCGAUGAGAAGGUACAUGCUGCUAACAAGCUCGCUAGUAAGCAUCAGAGAGUUCCUCUUUCUACUUCCACUUCUCAAAUGCCAAAGUGUGAUAUUUGUCAGGAAGCAGUUGGAUACUUCUUUUGUCUUGAAGACAGAGCUUUGCUAUGCAGAAAAUGUGAUCUAGCCAUACACAAAGUCAACACUUUAGUUUCAUCCCAUCAGAGGUUUCUACUUACAGGAGUGAAAGUAGGUGUUGAAGGUCCUGAAAUUGGUGCAUCAUCAUCUACAGGAAAGUCAUCAUACUCUAAUGGCGACAAGGUUCCAGAAGCAGAAAAAUCACAAUCAAUGAUAAGGAAAACUGUUAAUCCAAUUAUGCCUCCUAUUGAAUCUGCAAGAGUUGAUGAUUUUGUACCUAAUAAUAAGAUGUCUUUUACUGGAGGAGGAGUGACUACUGAGAGUAUUCAACAAUGGCAGUUUGAUGACUUUCUUGCAUUGACUGAUUUCAAUCAGAAUUAUAACUACUUUGACAAUAGCUCAAAUAAGGCUGAUAGUGGGAAGCUGAGUGAGUCAGACGGGUCCCCAAUUCUACGAGCCAUGGAGGUCGAGCCAGAUGGCGAAGAUGGAUUGGGGCGGGUCCCGGAUGCGUCAUGGGCGGUCCCACAAAUCUCUUCACCGCCUACUGCUUCGGGUCUUUGCUGGCAAAAAGCGCGUCCACGUCAGCAUCAGCAGCGCCAGAUGGACUCUGCUGCUGCUGCUUUUGUUCCGGAUGUUUGCUACUUGCCUAUGCCAAAUUUCUAUGGUUGUCAACAGACUAAUUCUGGUACCUUAAAAAGGAGACGACAGUUUUAA